CAGGAGGCGGAACUAGUCUGCUCCGCUGCCACUUCUGCUGCAGUCGGAAAGACGUUCCUGACGAUGAAUUACUGAAUUACUGUCUUUCUCGCAGACCAUAAGUGGAUAAUCUAUUAUGUUGUGAAACGCAGAAUUAAAUAAGGUACUGACAGGGGGAGUGACCAAAUCACAUGGGAGUGUGUGACGGCUCAUGCUUAAGGCUGUGUGUCCAGGCCUCCUGCCAUCACCGCCUCUUCCCGAACCAGCAUGGCAGGGGGCAGAGAGCGCGCUGGCCGGACUCAGAGGCCGUGGUCAGUGUACCGGGCGAACACGUUCCAGUUGUCCAGUGAGAUGAUUGGCUUGGCCCUGGCAGGAAACAGUCAAGACCCAGAUGAACCUGUGCUCGAGUUCAGUAUUGCUUGCACAGAACUACUAAAUCCUGGUUUGGAUCGGAAACCCAACAGUUUUGUAGCAGUGAGCUGCACAACGCCACCGCAGGCUUUCUGGACCAAACAUGCCCAGACCGAAGUCAUUGAGGGUACUAGCAACCCCAUCUUCCUCAGCAGCAUCGCCUUCUUCCAGGAUUCUAACAUCAAUCAUCAGACGCAAGUUAAACUGGCUGUCUACGACGUGAAGGACCGUUCCCAGGGCACGAUGUACAUGUUGGGCUCAGCACUUUUCCCUGUGAAAGAGUUGCUGCAGGACAAAGACCACAGAUUGGAGAUGGAACUCAGGUCAGCAGAGAACAAGCGGGUGGGAAACAUCUCCGUGGCCGCAUGGAAGAUGGAAGAUAAAGCAGAUCAGAGACUUGGGGUCAGCCAUCUUCCAGACAAUAUCAAUGGCCGGACAGUGCUGCCGGUUGACGAGAGCUUAACGGAGGCGAUGGGAGUACGAAUCAAGUAUGCCUCACUGUACAGAGACACCCUCCUGCGUGCAGUAUUUGGCGGCACAAUGUCCAGAAUGUAUCGCUUCCCAACAACCGAUGCCAACCACCUGCGGGUGCUCGAGCAGAUGGCCGAAAGCAUCCUGUCCCUGAACAUCCCCAGGCAGUUUGUCAAAUUACUACUGGAGGAGGACGCAGCCCGGGUUGGUGAGCUAAAGGAGCUGGGAGAGUUGUCACCCUGCUGGGAGAAUCUACGACGACAGAUCGUCUCACACUACCAAACAGUCAUAGCCUCGUACCAAGAAACCCUCUCUGACCUCAGCAACUACAGAGGCCCGUCAUUCAAAGCCAGCAGCCGGAAGGCCGAUAAGAAGAUGGAGUUCAUGCCCACCAACCUGCAUAUUCAGAGGAUGAGGGUGCAAGAUGACUUGGGCUUCGAGCACACAUACGACAUUGUCACUGUUGGGGCACCGGCUGCACACUGCCAGGGGUUUAAAAACGGCGGUCUGAGGAAACUUACUCAAAAGUUUGAGGAGGCAAAGAAACACGCAUAUGAGGAGCUUUGCAGCGCCCUCUCCAGCUCGCAGUCUAUCGUCUUCAUUCCUCAGGACGUGGUUCGAGCCAAAGAGAUCAUCGCCCACGUCAACACCCUGAAAACACAGGUCAGCUAUUAUGCCGAGAGGCUUUCCAGAGCUGCGAAGGACCGGUCGGCUAGCGGACUAGAAAGGACACUUGCCACGCUGGCUGAUAAGACUCGACAGCUGGUGACAGUAUGCGACUGUAAGCUGCUCGCGUCGGCCAUUCAGGCCCUGAAUGCUGCACGGCCUGAGUACAUCGCCUCCAAAAUGUCUCCCUCCGCUGAGUCAGAUCAAGUAGUCCUCCGCAAUGACCAGGACACACUACUUGCCAAGUGGAGCGGCAAUAGCAGUCGAUCAUCACUGCAUGUAGACUGGCAUGAGGAGGAGUGGGAGAAAGUGUGGCUGAACGUGGACAAGUCCCUGGAGUGCAUCAUCCAGCGUGUCGACAAGCUGCUCCAGAAGGAAAGGAAGCCAGAUGAUGCCAUUCAAGACAAAGUCCACACGGACCUGCAGGGCGCCUGCGUGAAGAAGAGUGAUGAGAAAAGACGAGCUUUUUGGAUCAACCCGGGAAGUACAUCACUUGAGUGUGCAUCUUCAUUGUCAUCACCAUUGCCUCACCCAUCCACAUCAUCAUCAUCUUUGCCUGCCUUCCCAUCAGUGUGCCCUCCAAACCCUGAAGGAAAAAGCUCACCCGCCAACAGUGCAUGUUGCACCACAUCCCGUCUUCUUGAUGGAAGCCCCAACAUUGAGGAGGCGUACCCAGGAGAGUGGAGUGAGGCGCUGUACCCUCUGCUUACCACGCUCACUGACUGCGUUGCCAUGAUGAGCGACAAGGCCAAAAAGUCCAUGGUCUUUCUACUGAUGCAGGAUAUUGCCCCAACCAUUGCCAUGGACGUCUCCCUGCAGUACCGCCGUGACGUUGUAUUCUGCCAGACGCUGACUGCUCUCGUCUGCAGCUUCAUUAUCAAACUCAGGAACUGUCUACGUGAUAAUGGAUUCCUUCGGCAGCUCUCCACCAUUGGCUUGUUGGCUGAGUUUGAAUCCCUACUCAGCACAUAUGGAGAAGAGCUGGCCAUGUUGGAGGACAUGAGCGUCGGCAUCAUGGAUCUGCGAAAUGUUACCUUUAAGGUCACCCAGGCAACGGGCAGCUCCACCCUCGAUAUGCUGCCCAUCAUCACGGGCAACCGUGACGGCUUCAAUGUCCGCAUCCCUCUGCCAGUAGCCAUGUUUGAUGCGUUGCCACGGGAAAUCCAGAGCGGCAUGCUGCUGAGGGUCCAGCCGGUGCACUUCAACGUCGGCAUUAACGAGCAGCAGACGCUGGCAGAGAAGUUUGGAGACACGUCUCUUCAGGAGCUCAUCAACAUGGAGAGUUUGACGAGGCUCGUUUCUUACUAUGAACAGUUUAAAGAAAUCCUGCCUGAGGACUGCCUCCCGGGGUCUCGUUCUCAGACAUGUCUUCCAGAGCUGCUCAGGUUUUUGGGGAAUAACGUGGAGGCGAGGAAAAACAAGAAUGUGGACAUCCUGUGGCAGGCGGCCGAGAUCUGUCGGCGGCUGAAUGGGGUUCGUUUCACAAGCUGCAAAAGCGCCAAGGACCGGACGGCUAUGUCAGUCACCCUGGAGCAAUGCCUGAUCCUGCAGCAUGAGCAUGGCAUGGCACCGCAGGUCUUCACUCAGGCGCUUGACUGUAUGCGCAGCAUUGGGACAAUGGAGGGUGUGAUCCAGAAGAACUUGAGCGGUUUACUGCCGGUGCGUGACUUCAGCAUGGACCCGAGCCUCCUGUACUCGCUGCCCCUGCUGGCUCUCAGUCCCAACCUGCUGGUGGUUUGGAUCUUCCUCAGCGUGACUUUUAUCUUGGCAAGGCUCCGCUGCAGCUGAGUGUCUGAGAAGCACUUAUUCAGUAGCGGCCAGCCCAAUUUUUUUUUCCUUUGUGAUCGCAAUACUCACCACAAGGAAGGGUGAUGUGGGACUGGAUGCGUGCCAUUGUCCUGCGCUAACUCUGCUGCAUGUACAACUGAUGCCUCAUUCACAGAAACAUCAUAUUCUGACCUCAUCUUACGAUCAUUAAUAUACAGACAAUAGUUAUUUAAUGUCAGACUGUGGUCGCGCUCAAUGAGCAACCCGUGGGCGUGGUCACAACUGUUUUGUGUGCCCACCGUGGUUUUGAAAAGCACUUUGGAUGAUUGACAGAAUACAGAAAAUGAUAUCAUGUGACCUUCAUGGUUUGUUGUCUAUCACAUAUUUGUGCAGAUGGCUUGUUGAAAAACUGUGACCAAACCUGGCAAAUCACCAACACGGAAACUAAUAUGUUUGUACAAAUAUGACAUUUAGGCAUUUAAAUAGCCGUGUGUCUUGUCUUCUUGCAUUUUUGCACAUUAUCCUCGUGCAAGAGAAGGUUUACAUUGAUGCAAGGGGUAGGUAAGUAGGAUGUAGUCCAUUAAAAUACAUUUUUGAUGCACUUGGGGGGGGGGGAAGGUUUGGAUUAUGGAUGGAUGGAUGGAUAGUUUCUGUUGUUGUAGAUAGAACCUUAAAUUGUUAUUUAAAAUGACUACCGGGGCAUUAGCUCGACAGGACUAAAUUACAUGAACAUGUGGUAUCAUCUAGAAAGCGAUGAUAGCAAAACCUGCCCAUCAGUUGUCUGUUCUCCCUUCCUUAUGUAACCUGGUCAAGAUCACAUGGAAGUGCUGUUGCUUUUGCUGCAAGUCUAGCAAGGCUUAAGUUCUUGGUUGUGACAAUAUAGUUUGUCCAUGUGGUUUUGCAGGGCAAGUUUCAGUGCAGAUUAGUUAGUCAACCAUAGCUUGGGUUUCACAGUGAAUUUAACAUUUCAGGAGAGUGAGAAAAUUGCUAAAUGUAUGUUAUAGGUUGGUCAAUUUCAUUCUGACAAGGCAUCAAAAAUAAUGGCAGUCAGAAGUAACAGUGAUAUUGAAGUCAUCCCAAUAAAAGUUCAACUAAGCUCCUUUCGUGUCAUUUUUCGUGCAGUUGGGAGUUCUUCCUCCAAUGGGCAGCCUGCACUGAGACACUGAGCAUACGGUGCAUCCAUUCAGUUUCUAUACUGCUAGCCAACUGAGAUCCAAACCUGCCUCUCCUGACUGUGAAGCAGAGUUUUAGUUUCUCCUCCGGUGUGCUGCCUUUAUCUCCCACUGCAGAAUUUGCUCAUUGUUUUUUUUGUUUUUGUUUUAGUUUUAAAUUUGACAGAUGAGUGAAUGAAAAGGAAAUGAAAAUACUAUCGCUAUGUAGUCAGCUGUGUCCCAAAAGGUGAAGACCUUGCUCUUGACAUAUUUCUGUUUAUUUGAAAUGUCUUAAUUAUUUCUGUAUGUAAAUGUGUUUUUUUUUUAAUGUAUAUUUUGCUUCACGUGUGCUUGCUUGUUCUAAACUACCUCUGAGAAACACAUUGAGUCUUGUCAAAUCAAUGAAAAUAUAAGAAUUAAGUAAAACAGUGUGCGUGCAUGCAUGCGUGCGUGCGUGUGAUUCAUUCCAGUCCUCUUGGUCAAAUGUGUAAUGACUCUUAAGUGCUCCCCAUUAUAUUAUUUAAAAAGGCUUAAAAAACACAGAACUACAAUGUAGUUUAUUUUUAUUGUCUUUGACAGUGACAUUGGUAAUUAGAAAGUACAUAUUUAAAUGCUUUUAUUGAACCAUACUGUACAGUAUAUGAAGUGUAUACAUAGUAUACGGACAUUUAAGAUCUAUAGCUGGAUUGUGAUGCUUAUGCAAUAAAGCUGUAUUUAUUAUUG